UUUCAGAAUUGAAGCUGUUAGACAGAUUCAUCUGGGCCAUCUCUUCUGCAUAAAUCUAACUGGAAAAUCCACUGGAUCUCUCUCGUUUUCACUCGGGAAUCUAAUAUCCGACUGCUUAGACUGGUACCAGCCAGAAAUGGGGAUAUAUCUAAGCAGUCCCAGAAAAGAGAAGUCUUCAGAAGAUGGUGAGAAUGCUAGGGUUAGGUAUGGUUUAUCAUCAAUGCAAGGGUGGCGUACAACCAUGGAAGAUGCUCAUGCAGCUUAUCCGGAUUUGGACAGUUCCACUUCUUUCUUUGCUGUUUACGAUGGGCAUGGAGGUGCAGGUGUUGCUAGGUUUUGCGCUAAGUACCUUCACGAACAGGUGCUGAAGAAUGAAGCAUGUUCAGCAGGAGAUUUAGGUGGUUCUGUAAGGAAAGCUUUUCUCAGAAUGGAUGAAAUGAUGCGUGGAGAAAGAGGUUGGAGAGAAUUAGCUAAGUUUGAAGAUAGAGUAGACAGGUUUAGUCGUAUCAAUUAUGAUUCAAUGUGCUCUCCAAUGAGUGAUGAAUUUAAUGAUCAAAAUGAUGAUUGGACUGAGGAGGGGCCUAACUAUGAUUUCCGUGGACCGAAUUCGGGAAGCACUGCUUGCGUUGCUAUCAUUCGGGGUGACCAACUUCUUGUUGCAAAUGCUGGUGAUUCUCGUUGUGUACUAUCUAGGGCGGGUGAGGCAUACGAUUUGUCUACGGAUCACAAGCCUGAGCUUCAGGAAGAGAAAGAAAGGAUCCUAAAAGCUGGUGGUUGUAUCCAACAUGGACGGGUCAAUGGAGUUUUAAACUUGGCAAGAGCAAUUGGAGACAAUGAAUUCAAAAUGAACAAAUCUCUGCCUGCAGAAAAGCAAAUGGUCACUGCCAAUCCAGAGAUAAACACUGCUUCUCUUUGCAAUGAUGAUGAUUUUAUGGUUCUAGCUUGUGAUGGGAUCUGGGACUGCAUGACAAGCCAAGAACUGGUGGAAUUCGUACAUGAACAGCUAAAUUCAGGAUGUAAGCUCUCAGCAGUGUGUGAAAAAGUGCUGGACAAGUGUUUAGCACCAUCUUCUGGUGGCGAGGGAUGUGACAACAUGACCAUGAUCUUGGUGCAGUUCAAGAAACCUAUUCACUCCAGUGCUUCUGCUGGGAAGCAGGAGCCUCUGCCUUCAGAUAUUCCAUCCGGGUCUAAUCAGACACCAACGGGGACCAAUUCAUAGUAACCAAAUCUGCUUGAUGCAAACCAAAUGGCUAAGCAUAGCAUCUCCUGGAAGCUUGAGUUUUAGCAAGUACAAGAAUCAUGGAUAUGACUUUUUCAAGUUUAAAAGAAGUCGUUUCAUGGAGUAGAGGUUUACAAGGUAAAUGAUGUUAAAACAUCUAUGUUGUUACCGAAUUGUUAUUCCUCUAGUUCAAGUAGAACUUUUCUCCCUCGUAUUCCUGAGCAAUGGAAAAUUUUAGGAUUUUGCCACCAA